AUGGCGCAGCAGCCAUUUGUGAUUGUGGGGGGCGGCCGCGUGGGUCAGGCCCUGGCCGAUAUGGGCGCCGGCCAGGACGUGCUGGUGCGGCGCGGCGAGGCGGUGAGCGGCCCGCCAGGCCCCAUCGUGGUGUGCACUCGCAACGACGACCUUCAGGCGGUCGUGGAUGCCACGCCGGCGGAGCGGCGCCAAGGCAAGCAGGCGGCGAGGGAGGCGGGGCACCUUGUCUGGAUUCAAAACGGCAUGCUGCAGCCCUGGCUGGACGAGCGGGGGCUUGGGGAGACUACCCAGGUGCUUGUCUACUUUGCUGUGGCCAAGAAGGGUGACCCUCCCACCGACGGCAAGACAGACGUCAACCCCGAGGGGUUGACCGCGGCCUACGGUCCCCACGCGGCGGCCGUGGCGGCGCGGCUGCACUCUGCGGGCCUCAGCUGCAAGGUGCUGGACAAGGGCGAGUUCGCCAAGUGCAUGCUGGAGAAGCUGGUGUGGAUCUGCGCCUUCAUGCUGGUGGGCGCGCGCCACGGCGGCUGCACCGUGGGCGAGGUGGAGUCGCAGCACACCGGCGAGGUGUCGCAGCUGAUUGGCCAGCUGGCAGCCGCGGGGUCGGCGGCGCUGGGCAUCACCUUGGAUUCCGGCGUCCCGGAACGGCUGCUGGCUUACGCCCGAUCAGUCGCGCACUUCCCCACCGCUGUCAAGGAGUUCCAGUGGCGCAACGGUUACUUCUACGGCCUGAGCCAGCAGGCGCAGGCGGCGGGCCAGCCCGACCCAUGCCCUACCCAUACCGCCUGGCUCAAGGAGGCCGGCGCCAUCUGA